AUGGCAUCUGCAGAGGACAAACGAGACCUUUUGAAGACGCCAUUGCACGGAAUUUACAUUCCUACGGCGCUUUGCUUGGGAGGAACGGCCAUUCUUCAUGUCCAGUAUGUUCCAUACAUGGUGGCUAUUUUAGCCGUUUUUUUCGGCUUCCAUUUCGUCCGGGUCAGAAUGCACAGACCUAUUAUGAGCUCGACGAUAUUUCAGCCUUACAAAUUGACCGACAUGACCAUUGCUUCCAAGAACACAGCCAUUUAUAGGUUCAAAUUGGACAAAGAAUACGAUAUAUUGAGUAUCCCUGUGGGUCAGCACCUUGCCUGUCGUGUGAAUAUCAACGGUAAGGAAGAAAUUAGGUACUACACUCCUAUUUCUAACCAGUUCGACAAGGGGUUCUUUGAUAUCAUGGUGAAGUCAUACACGGAUGGUACGGUUUCUCGGUAUUUUGCAGGCUUGAAGCCUGGUCAGACUGUGGACUUUAAGGGUCCCGUGGGUCGCAUUUCAUACCAGCCUAACAUGGCCAGUCAGCUUUAUAUGAUUGCUGGAGGUUCUGGAAUUACGCCUAUGUUGCAGGUUAUGGCUGCCAUCAUCACCACUCCCGAAGAUACGACUGAGGUUCACUUUUUAUAUGCUAAUGAAACCAGAAAUGAUAUCCUAUUAAAGGACGAGUUGGAUGACACAGCUAAGAGGUAUCCAUACUUCAGCGUGACGUAUACUUUGACUCAUCCGCCUGAAAACUGGGACGGCCAAACCGGUUAUAUCACCAAAAAAAUGCUUGAGGACUUUCUCCCUGAACCUUCCCCAAAUAGGAGGGUAUUCGUUUGUGGUCCCGUGUCUAUGAGAAAGAACAUUCUCCAGUAUACUGAAGAACUUGGAUGGGAGAAGGGUGUUCUGAAUUCAGUGCAAGACGACCAAGUGUUUUGUUUCUGA